UCUAGAAAUGUCAACUCUUUGCCAAACUAAUCGUAUGUUUAUGUUGCAAUUUCCAAUAGCUAGCAUACAACUAAUGAUGAUUCAAGCUCGAAAAUCUUGCUUUAAGUUGUCUAUGGAGGUAUCUCAAUAAACAAUUUUUUUUUUGAGAUUGCGACUUAAGUCAUCAAGACCUCAAAGUCUUUAUGUAGCACAAUGUACAUCCAUCCCCGAUCCUUGAUAUGGAGUCUACCCUCAAUCAAUUAUACCUCAGGCCGAUUUGUUUAAUGAAUAGUUUUAAUAAACUUGUGAGUAAGGUUUUGAUGAAGCGGCUGAGUUCUGUCCUUCCUAAGCUGGUCACACAUAAUCAACAUGCUUCGGUUCGCGGAAGACACAUCUCUGAAGCUACACUCAUCGCUAACGAAUUGGUGGACAACAGAAGAAAGUGUAAGAAGCCGGGACUUAUGUUCAAACAAGAUAUAGAGAAGGCCUUCGAUAAUGUCAGUUGGGAAUGCAUGUUCGGUGUGAUGGAGAGAUUGGGUUUCCCAAAUAAAUGGCAGCAAUGGAUUAAAGGGGAUCUUUGUUCUCCUAUGACGUCUGUUCUGGUUAACGGGGAAGCUUAUGGCUACUUUCGGGCUAGUAAAGGGGUUCGGCAAGGCGAUCCCCUUUCCCCUGGGCUAUUCGUAUUGGUAAUGGAUGUUCUGUCUUUCAUGAUCUCGAAGCUUCGGGGGGUGAAUGGUAUUUCUGGCUUCUUCAUGGAUGAGAACAGCGGACGAGGUGAGGUUACACAUCUCCUCUUCGCCGAUGACUCCCUAAUCUUCUGCGAUGCCUCUGCCGAUCAGGUUCCUAACUUACUCGCUACUUUGGUUUGUUUGCAGUCGGUCACGGGGCUUAAAAUUAAUCUCGAUAAAUCCAUGAUGUUUACCGUGGGAGAUGUCCCUGAGCCUAGCUUCCUUGCUGCAAUUUUUGGGUGCAACUGGAGUAGCGAGCCUACAAAAUAUCUUGGUCUUCCGUUGGGGGAUCGCCCAAACUCCAUUUCCAUUUGGAAUCCUGUCAUUAGCAAAUACCAUAAUCGGCUGCAGGGGUGGAGAAGCAGGUUCCUUUCUUUGGGUGCCAGGAUAGUAUUGAACCAAUCCAUUCUCAAUAGUUUAUCUGUCUACCAUUUCUCUCUGUUGAAAGCUCCUAAAACAGUCUUGAAUACAAUGGAAAAGAUCCAAAGGAAGUUCUUAUGGUGUGGUGAGCAGCAGGAAAGCAAAUUUCAUCUCAUUAGAUGGGAUACGUGCAAAGCAUCAAAACAGAGGGGUGGACUGGGUGUGGUGGAUCUCGAAAGUUUUAAUAUGGCCUUGCUUGGGAAGUGGCUGUGGAAAUACGCUACUGAGAGAGAUAGCUGGUGGAGGCAGCUCAUUGGGGUGAAAUACGCUAGCACUGUCUCGGAAUGGAAAACUAAAAAGAGUGUGGAAGGGUUUAGCAGUUCGGUUUGGGCAAACAUUAGUAAGGUGGGUGAGUUGUUUUGGCAAGGGGCUUCCAUUGAACCAGGCUCUGGCUCUGCAGUUUCCUUAUGGCACGAUGUCUGGAUCCCGGGCGUUCUGCUGGACAGCUCUUUUCCGCGGGCUGCUGCUGCUGCUGCUCAUCCGGAUGCUAGCCUCCUUGACUCCUUCUCACGUUCAGGUGAUGAUUUAGUGUGUGAAAUUUCAUUUUCUAUGUCUUUAAGGGGUGGGGCUGAAUUUGAGAGAGUGGGUUGUAUAGAAAAAGUUAUUGCUAAUUCUCACAGAAUCACCAAUAGUCCUAGUCGUAUGGUGUGGAACCCGAAUGCAGAUUGUAUGUUUUCUGUUAGAUCGUUUUACAGGUUUCUUGUGGAUGGAAAAUUUGAUGGGAACGAGAAUUUCAAGUACAAAUCCAUUUGGAAAAGCAUGAUCCCUACAAAGAUUUGUGGAUUUCUGUGGCUCGUUUGGCAUAAGAAGAUCCUCAACCUCGACAAUUUGAAGAAACGAGGUAUGCAGCUGGCAAGCCGGUGUGUUCUCUGCUACAAGAAUGAAGAAUCGAUCAACCACAUCAUGGUGGAGUGCCCCUACACUAGGCGGGUGUGGGAUGAGGUGCUCAGAAACAUCACUUGCCCGGAUUUGUCUUCAGGAGACAUAACCAGCAUCAUUGAUCAUUAUGGUCCUAAUAUUGAAGGCGUUGAGGUCUGGUUUGCAGCAUGUGUCAUUCACGCGAUCUGCUGGUUUGUUUGGAAAGAAAGAAAUCAGAGAAUUUUCCAGGAAUCUUGCUGCCCUCCCUUUACUGUCAUCAGGAAAAUCACCAGGAACAUCGUCCACUGGAUGGUGGCACAUAAGAAGAUUGAUGAACAGCAAGGGGCGCGCUUCAUUCAGGAUCGAUUCCGGAGUUGGGGGGCCACUGUUGGGUGAUCUUUUUCUGGGCUCCUCCACGUCUCUGUUCUUCUUUAUUUUUCUUCGGCUUUUUGUCAGUUUUGCAGCAUUUGUUGCUGCUGCCUCUCUGCUUUUCUUGGCCUACUGCUCGUGGGUCUUUCUUGUACGUUAUGUUAUUUCCUUUUAAUAAAGUUCAUCAUCAUUA